GAUAAAAUGAACAAAAAAUGGCCGUGGAUGGUUGUAUGGUGAAUAAUGAUGAUAGCAGAGACUUUUUCUCACGGGAGGUUCCUUUGUAGUUCAAAUUCACAGGUUAGUCAGAUAAUACUUUUAGAAAUGGCUGGGGACAAGGGACCUCUGGACGAAUCCCAGUUAAAAGGCUUAAGCAAAUAUUUCAACAGUGUCACCGACAGAGGGAGAGCGAAUGUUGCCAAGGCUACUUAUGCUGGCGUCGCCCUGAUAGCUCUUUAUUUCUGGCUCAAGCCCAAGAAAAAGCAACAGUAGAAAAAUACCAUGUCAGUUAAAAGAAUAAAUUGUAUUCUUCUUGUAUUUAAGAAUUAAACAAUAGUAACCCUUA